GAGAAGAGGAGAGGAGAACGCCGGUGAAAAGAGACGCUUUUCCUGAGCUUCUUGGAGAAGCAACGCCAGGCUUUGACACUGAGUGAUGCCCGUGGCGCGGAGAGACGCUGCAGUCCGGGAAUAAAAACCGCGGAAUAAAACACGCACCAGAGAGAAAAGAGGGAGGAGGAGGAGGGUGCUCGGUGUUUGGAGAUACCUGCGCGUCUCCGCUCCGGCCGCAGGUGCGCUACAGCACCUCGUUAAGGGAGUUUUUUUUGGGGGGGGUGCGCUGAGAGAGAAGUCAUAGAAGAAGAAAAGCUCUUCCUGGGAUUAUUUCUCAUUUAUUUCCUUGCCCGGUUUCAUCUGUUUUUCAGUCCCUGUGAAAGCAAACUUUCUCUGCUUUUGCACCAAUUUCAACUCCGGGUUCGACUCCGAAUUCGGAGCUUUUAAAAAAAAAAAAAAAAAAAAAAAUCUGCUCACUCAGACUGUUUCUGGAAGCGGAUUACACUGGACAGCGUGUGUAGUCAGAAUUCCUCCGAACUCUCAACUUGUGCUCAGUGGCGAGAAACGGCGUCUUUCUUUCAUAUCUUUGCUUUAAAUGUGUUGUUGAAGAGGACAAUGUCUGGAUUAUUACAGCCGAUGUUCAACCUGCCCCGGGAAAGAGGGGAAGAGUGAAGGGAAGCAGAAACGAGAGAGAGAAGGAGGCAAAGAGGAGGAAGACGGAGGGAAGUCGGUGGCGUUUGGCUGCCGUCCACUAGUUCGUUUUGCUGCUCGUGGAUCUCCAAUCUCUUUUUACUGGAUACACGGACACGCAUCAAAACACGUACGGGGAGGACCUGCGUUCGCACCCUGGACUCUUGAAAUAAAGCUCGGCCAGACGUGUGAUGUACUUCAGAUUACCGGAGGCGGGAGGCAGGCCAGCGAGAGGUGACUGUCAGAAGAAAUGCCGGUCCCAGGUGCCCUAGUACAUCACCACCGGGACCAUGGCGACUCCUUGGCCAAUGAGAAGAGAGAGGUGCUCCUAUGGCUCCGCCUGCCUUGCUAGAUGGUCAGCAUCCUCAUUGAUGCUCCUAUGGUUGCCGUGGGCGUUGCUAUGGCUGCCGUGGCCCACCCGAGCUGAACAAGUGGGUGGCGGGGGACACGGCGGGAAAGUGUUCCACAGUUCCCUGUCGUCCCCCUCGUCCUCGUCAACUUCCUCUUCCUCGUCCUCUUCCUCAUCGUCCCCGUCCAGCACCUCGGCGUUUGGUUUCAACACGAGGCAGAGCGGAGGGCAGCUGGACUGGCUGCUGUCUGAGAAGGGGCCUUUCCACAGAUGUCCGGAGUACACCGAGUUCAGGGAGAGGUUCCAGCAGGGAUUUUCUACCAGAUACAAGAUUUACAGGGAGUUCAGCCACUGGAAGGUGAACAGCCUGGCCACAGAGAAGAGAGAUUUCCUCAAAGCUCCAUUGCCCUUAGCGCCAGAGUUCCUGCGCAACCUGCGGUUACUGGGGCGACGGCCGACCCUGCAGCAAAUCAACGAAAACCUCAUCAAGAAGUACGGGACCCACUUCCUAGUUUCUGCUACCCUGGGAGGAGAGGAGUCCUUGACCAUUUUCCUGGACAAGCAGAAGCUGAAUAAGAAGUCGGAAGGCAACAGCAACAGCUCGGUGGUCUCUCUGGAGUUGCUGCAUCAGUUGGCAGCGUCUUACUUCACGGACCGAGAGAGCACCUUACGACGACUCCACCACCUCCAGAUUGCCACCUCUGCUAUAAAGGUAACCGAAACGAGGACGGGCCCUCUUGGCUGCAGUAACUACGACAGCUUGGACUCAGUCAGCUCGGUGUUGGUGCACAGCCCGGAAAAUAAGAUCCACCUAAAGGGCUUGCAAGAUGUCCUGCCAGAGUUCCUCCGUGGGCGUUUUGUGGAGGCAGCCCUCAGCUAUGUGGCGUGCAACUCGGAGGGCGAACUGCUCUGCCGCAACAACGACUGCUGGUGCCGGUGUUCUGCCCGCUUCCCAGAAUGCAACUGUCCCUUCGCCGACAUCAAGGUCAUGGAGGAGAACCUGGAGAAGAGUAAAGAGGCCUGGAACAACUUCAACCAAGAGUUCAUGGAAUCAGAUGAAUUCAAAGCCUUCCUGAAGCGUUUACCCACUGACCGCUUCUUGAAUGCGUCAGUGAUCGCCAAGUUCUGGACAGCUGACUUGUCCCUGCAGAAGCGUUACACCCAGCUGGAGUCCAGCGCUGCUCUGGUCCUGGGGAAGGCCCAGAAGAUCGUCAGGAAGCUGUUCACCCUCAGCAAGCGCUGCCCCAAACAACCUCGCAUCAGUCUGCCCCGAGAAAGGCCUGUUGGGUUUUGGCUGAGCCGGGCUCAGUCUCUGCUCUACUGUAACGAACAUGGAGUGCUGGGCUCCUUCUCUGAGGAGGUGAGGAGCUGUAGCUGCCCUGUGGACCAGCCCACCUGCCAAGGUGUCAUCCCUUGCAUCGUGGGCACCAUCUCCACCUCCUGCUCUUUGUGCGCCACUGACAACACCACCCGCUGUGGAGCCUGUCACCAUGGCAAUCUCCUCCAUCUUGGUUCCUGCCGACCGAGCAUCGCUGCAUCCUUGGACCAUUAUCUGAACUUGGACCUGGACAUGCCUGACGCUGAGGUGAAGUACCUGCUUCAGCGACUGGACAGCAGAAUAGAGGUCCACGCCAUCUACAUCAGCAAUGAUGUCCGCCUGGGAAGUUGGUUCAACCCUGCCUGGAGGAAGAGGAUGCUGCUGACACUGAAGAGUAAUAAAAAUAAGUCCAAUCUCAUCCACAUGCUGAUGGGCAUUUCUUUCCAGAUCUGCUCCACUAAAAAUUCAACACUGGAGCCCGUACCGGCAAUUUAUGUGAAUCCUUUUGGGGGAAGUCACUCAGAGAGCUGGUUCAUGCCUGUGAAUCAGCCUGAAUUCCCUGACUGGGAGAGAACUCGAUUGGACACCGUCGCCACAGCACAGUGUUACAACUGGACUCUGUCUCUGGGCAACAAGUGGAAGUCCUUCUUUGAAACAGUGCACAUCUACCUGCGAAGCCGCAUCGUCACAGAUGAUCCAACGGUGAAUGAAACUCUCUUCUACGAGCCGUUGGACUUGGAUGACCAGACCUCCAACCUGGGCUACAUGAAGAUCAACACACUGAAGGUCUUUGGAUACAGCAUGCACUUCGACCCUGAAGGCAUCAAGGAUCUCAUUCUCCAGCUGGACUAUCCCUACACACAGGGUACACAAGACGCCGCCUUUCUGAUGUUGCUGGAGAUGAGGGACCGGAUUAACCGGCUGUCUCCACCAGCACCGCAGCCACUAGACCUGUUUUCUUGUCUGCUGCGCCACCGCCUCAAGCUGUCGGCCGGAGAAGUGGCACGUAUCAAGGACUCUUUACAGAUCUUCAACUCCAAAUUACCCAAUGCUUCUCCUGAACCUGAGCUGGCCCAGUUGUGCAGCUAGCUAGCUGAGCAAACUAGCCAGGUUCAGGAGUGAUGCUAUGCCUAAAAAAUGGAUUUGCUGCUUUCGGGAAAGUCCUACUGAGUUUGUCUGGUUUAAGAGAACAUCCAGCUGUGAGGGCUGAAUGCUGGUGGGCCUGUCUUGUGGUCACUCUUGUCUGGUUUUCUGGUACCACAUUUUUACCUUUGACAAACAGCGUCACGUCCUGGACUUUGAGGAGAACAGCUGACACUUGGACUCAGUUUCAGAGGCUGUGCUGUGCUAGCCCGGAGGCUUACUUUUGCUAUUACUGCCCUGCUUUUAGCAAACUGUGUGACUGGACAAGGCUAAGAGGCUCUCUCACACCGACAGGUUUUUGCGAUUUGGAACUUCAGAGAGACAAUGUCAUUAAGCAUAGCUAAGACCUCUGCCUUGCAAAGAUAAAGGCGAUUUUGAUAUGUAAAGAGGAACUCCUAAGGGGUCUUUAAAAAUGAGUUAAUGGAAGAGGAUUUCCCCUUUUCUAACCGUAUUUUCUUUGGCUACAGAACAAUCUUCGGGGAAGGGAAAAUGGGAUAAUAUUAUAUGUGGUGAAUGAGUUGUUAUGUUAUGCUUAACAGUUUAAAAAUUUGAUAAUCCUGAACCCAGUUACUGUCUUUGAAUAUUUCUUUUUAUUCCCUCCCUUCCAUUUUAUCUGGCAUUUGAAAACUUGUAUCUAUGCUUAACAUCCGAGUGAGAAGCCUGUUAGUGAUGUUCUGUCCUUGGUGAAGUGUCUGUACCAAAAGAAGGUGAACACAUUGGCAAAUUGAAUGGCAAAAUAUUGUAAAUGUUAAGUUGUUAAUUUCGUUUUUUUUCUUUCUUGAGCUAAAACUCAUGAAGAAACCACCUGAUGUGGUAACAAAAAGGUCUGAGGAUAUAGCGCUGUAAAUAACGCUCCAUCUAACUCCAGGUUGUGGACAAGUGCACAUUGCUUUUUAGAUAACCGAGUGCAAAGACCAAAAAAAAAUGUUUAUAACAGAACAAACUCAUGCCUUAUAUGGAGAGUCAAUGUUAAGAUAAGAAGCACAUUUAGUUUCUGUGUUUGGUUUCCCGGCGAAGGUUGUAUUGCUUUUUAUAUUUCAAUAUUUCUACCAAGACAGAACAACAGACACAUUCUCCAGAAUACGUGGUAAUGUAGCUUUUCCAUGUAAAUGCCAGUCACACUUUCUGCGGUUACUUGUUUUGAUUUGGUGUUGUGAAACUUCUGAGUCACUAUUCACAGUGCACACCAGUACUCGCAUACUGUAAUUGUUCUGCAAAAUCCUUAUAUCUCCAAUUAGACAAACUCUAAGCAAGUGAUAGAAAUUAUUUUAUUUUAUCAUGGGUUUUAGAAGGUUUUUGAUGGUUUGGUAUAGUCUCAGGUCAAUGAAAGUUUAUUUUUUUCUUUUGUUUUGUUAGUUUUUUAUUAAUUUGUGGGCCCAAUGUCAGCUGCAGUUACCAUGGCAACUGGAGUUACAAGGUUUGUGCAGGACAGCGAUGGUGCUCUCUGGAGCUGCAAACUUACCAGGAUGGUACUUGAUAUGAUUUUGCAUUUGAUUCACUAAUUUCUCACUGAAAGUCAGUAAACCUUGUAUGUCAUUUUCAGCAGUUCUUCUGUGCUCAGCUUGCUUAAGUAAAAACAAAGUGGUUUAUCUA